AUGGUGUUUGGAAAGAAUAACCAGAGGGUAACCUAUGAAGAGCUGAAUCUGCAUAAUGACUGGAAGAGAAGGCAAAAGGAACCCCAGGACUCCAAAAGCUCUGAUGCAGUAACUGAGCAGGAAAUAACCUAUGCAGAGUUAAAUUUUCAAAACUCUUGUCAGGAUCCUCAAGGGAAUGACCAGCAGCUCCACAGCAGAGAUUUCCCCUUACCUCCAGAGCAGCUGACUGCUGAGGUCCUGGGAAUUACCUGCUUGGUCUUGCUGUCUACCCUCGUGAAAACCAUAAUCCUUAUUUCCUAUGCUGAAAUUGAAAGACCAGAGUUGAAUAAUGCAUCUUUAAUGACCAGGACUCAGAAAGCAUAUAAUUGUAAUCACUGUCCAGAGGAGUGGUUCAUAUAUUCCAACAGCUGCUAUUAUAUCAGUUAUGAAAAGAAAACAUGGAAGGAAAGUGUGAUGUCCUGUGUGUCUAAGAAAUCUAAGCUUCUUUAUAUAGAUAAUCCUGAAGAAAUGAAUAUAUUUGUGGCUUUUGAUAUCCUGCCUUGGAGUGGGCCCUUCAACGAAAGCAAUGAUGAUGUCCAGAUGUGGUCAGGUGGCUCAGUUUUUUCGUCCAAGUCGUAA